AUGAAUACCUUGAGAAGAAUGCAGAGUAUUUCCAAACUUGGAAAUCGCAAUUAUGGUAAAGUUGGAGUAAUUGGAGUACCAUUUGAAAAGGGACAGCAUAAAAAAGGUGUAGCACAUGGUCCAGAAGUGAUUAGAGCAGCUGGAUUAGUCCAAGAAUUAGAAUCAUUAGGAUUAGAUGUGAGAGAUUAUGGUGAUAUAUCUUAUAAAGCAAAGAAUGUGCAUGGUGUAAAUAACAUGUCACAUUUAGGUGAUGUUGCUGGUUGCAAUAAUUGUUUAUCUGAUCAAGUCCAAAAAGUUUUAAAAGAAGGUAGAAGAGUAUUAACUAUUGGUGGUGACCAUAGCUUAGGUGUUGGAACUAUAGAUGGUCAUGUUAAGGAGAAAAAGGAUGUGGGUGUGAUAUGGGUUGAUGCCCAUGCAGAUCUCAAUACUAAUAAAACCAGUGAAAGUGGAAAUGUUCAUGGAAUGCCUGUAGCAUUACUAACUACUGAAUUAGCUGACUACUGGCCACAUCUUCCAGGAAUGGAUUGGCAACAACCAAUGUUAUCUAUUAGAAACGUAGCUUAUAUUGGAUUAAGAUCUGUAGAUCGUUAUGAAAGACUAGUUAUUGAAAAAUUUGGUAUUACUGCUUUUGGUAUGGAAGAUGUCGAGAGAUAUGGUAUUCUUGAUGUUGUUUAUAUGGCAUUAAAUAAAAUAGAUCCUAAUGAAUCAAAAUCAUUACAUGUUAGUUUUGAUAUUGAUUCAUUAGAUCCAUUGGAAGCACCAUGUACAGGAACUGCUGUGCGUGGUGGUCUAUCACUAAGAGAAGCUGUUCACUUAAUGGAAGUACUAUAUAGAACUAACAGAUUGAAUGCUGUAGAUCUUGUGGAAGUGAAUCCCUGUAUUGGCAAUCAAAGAGAUGUUCAAUUAACUGUUGAAGCUGCUGUACACAUCAUUCAAGCAGGGUUUGGUUACACAAGAAGAGGUCUUAAGGUUCCAGAAGGUGUUACCGAUAUGCCUUUGCAGACAUUUAAAUAAUUUAAUUACUUUUAUUUACAAU